AUGUUGGAUAGAGAACCCAGGGGUGGUCGCGGCUUCCGACGCGGCAAAGGACUGGGUAGAGGCAAGACACAGAUAUGGGAGUGGGAAUCAUACACACCUGGCGCUGAAGUCUACGAACAGCUAUGGCGCGUUCGCAAGGAGCCUGCAAUCGUUACCGCACGGCUUCCUGACGACUGCCCCAUACCGAAUGCGCGAACACGAAUACUCUACCGUCGGCAGACCGAGGAUGCUAUAAAGCGAGAGCGAUACGCUGUAGAGAUAACACACAUCAGCCAACCUGAAAACAGACAUGAUAGCAUUGAUCGCACGGAGGUUGAGGAUGUGGACUUUACACGUAUCAUGCAGUACGUGUCUCCGGCCGAACUGGAGCGCUAUGAAACAGAGCAGUUCAGACUCGAGGCAGAGGCCGAGGCAGUCGCGAUACGCACAGAAGCUGAGGAUCUAGCACGUCGACAACUGCAUAAGAAUACAAAGCUACCAAGCAACAACAGAGGAAGUCGUAUGCUCAGUGGGCUGGAACUUCCCGUCAUUUUGCCCACAAGAGCUAGAGGUAGGCUCAGAAGAAGUCGCGGAAGAGGUAGGAGAAGAACGAGAGAUCUGGUAUUCGAUUCUCGGCAGCUUGAGGAUGAGACACAUGAAGAGUUGGUGGACAGCGAGACUCAUUGCCUAACCGACUACACUAGACAGCCAAUUCAGACAUCUUCCGGUGUGGCCCGUUCAGCCUUUGUUGCCAACAGCGCCCUGCCUGUAUCAUCAAUACCAACGAGACUUUCUACUUCUCUUCCUCAGCAGGGACAUACAGGGCUUUCGGAUCCGAAUAAGGACGUGGGCCUAGCCCGGGCUAGCCGCGAUGCAAAGCCUCUGUCCAACACCUCAGACGACAUGCUUCUACACACACCGCUUCUCUUUGAUCAGUCGUCGACUACAGUGUCUAACUCAGAUGACACUAUACCUGCACAUCCGCCGCCGCAUCACGAAUCCAAUGACGACGUGGACAACGAUACUAUACACAUGCACACAGUGUCGUCAGACAGCCAUUCACUUGAGUAUAGCACGAAAGACGAGGAAGAUGCAGAGGGCGCAGAAGAGUACGUGGUUGAAGCCAUCGUUAAUCACUUUCAGGAGGAUAGGAAGAAGUACUACCUCUUCAAAUGGGAUGGAUAUGAAGAUAGUCACGAUUGGCUUCCCGAAGAAGAUCUUGAGGGUGCGGCGGAUUUGGUCGCUGAAUACAACGAGCGACUUGGAGGCAAAAACAAAAAAGUAAAGUUGAGAUAG